AGCCCCCCUCCUCCUGUCCAUGACACCAACUCAGAAGAAGACAUGGAACUGGAUACCUUGGCACCAGAUCAUGAUUAUUGCAUUACUCCAACAACAGCAAUGGUCGCAGAUCAGUUAGCUGAGGAAAACGAUACACUUCGCCAGAAAGUUAAGGAGCUGGAACUACACAUUGAGGCUCUCCAGCUGCGGAGUUGUUUUGGACUGAAGCGGUUUGCAGGAUCGGACGAGGACAUCCGAUUUUAUACCAGAUUCCAUUCUUAUGACCACCUGAUGGCAUUCUGGAGGCUCAUCGAACCAGCAACAUCAAGGAUGAUCCGUGUGACAAGUGUGGCUAGAGAAGCAUCAGCCUCUGUGGCAGAGAAGACAACAGCAAACAGAUCAACUAAGUUGCUGCCCAUAGAUGAGUUAUUUCUUUUCCUAAAUUAUCUGUCAACUGGAUGCACACAGAGAGAGCUUGGGCACCGAUUUAAUAUCCAUCGGACAACAGCCAGCAGGAUCAUCACAACCUGGGCCAACUUUCUUUACUGUGUACUGGGAGCUAUUUGUAUCUGGAUGACCCCUGAAGCAAUCACAGCUAACCUACCUCCUGAGUUCAAGGACUAUGCAGACACUCAGGUCAUUGUUGACUGCACAGAACUGCGGUGCCAAACUCCAUCCUCACUUGUGUUACAGAGUGAGGUGUACUCGCACUACAAAUCACACUGUACCUUCAAGGCCAUGAUUGGCAUGGCACCACAUGGUCCUCUGACAUUUGUUUCUGCACUCUACGGGGGCUCUAUUAGUGACCGUGAGCUCUUCAGAUUGUUGGGCAUUAUACCUCUCCUGUCCCUUGACAUGGCUGUGAUGGUGGACAAGGGCUUUAGGGUGGAAAACCUUGUACCAGGAAAACUUCACAGGCCUGCCUUCCGCUCCAACGACAAUCAAAUGGCAGCACAGGACGUCCUGGAGACCCAAUCAAUUGCACGGCUGCGAGUUCACGUUGAAAGGCGGGUUAAGGAGAACAAACUAUAACAAACAAUAAGCAGUGAUGAGCGUAUGUGAUGUGUGUGUAGGUGUAGUAGUGAAAUUAUUGUUACAUAAUUCCAAGUCUUGCCAGGGUUCUUGGCUUGUGCCACUGUUGUUCACUCUCCGUACAGCUCAGCACUGGAGGAACAACUGGAAUGUCAAGCUGAGAAUAAUGUGCAGACUGGAAAAGUAGAGCCACAAAAUGGUUACAGAGCACUGAUCCAGCUACACAUGUACAGCUGUGAUGGGCCAGCUCAACAGGGAUGGAGUCCUUCAGACCCACCUGUAACAAGAUGUUAAAAGAAAUAUUUUUUUUAAAAAGUGGCAUAACUGAUUUGUCAUAUAUUAAUAUGGGCUACUCAAGGAAGCUACUAUUUAUUUUUGUACACCGUUAAAAUAGCUGGUAAAAUCUUAACUUUUUUCUUUUAAACACUGUUAGUAAAGGGAUUAACAAUCUUUUUCUUUUAAUGUGGUCAGUGGAGCAGUCUAUUCGAUUUGCAGGUACACUCAGAAUCCCCACUUAACAAGUACCAAGAUUGCAGUAUACCUUCUUAAACUUAGCAGGUUUAUAUUAUUAUACCCAUCUUAUGUGUUUCACCUUUACCCUGGGAUGUUCAGUAUACCUGGAAAAACAAACUAUACUACACCACUGAUUGCUAUUAGUGAAAACAUAACAUAGUAACGUAGGACUAAGCGUACACUGUCCGUUUACAACAUGAAUGGGGAACAUGGUCAACCAAAUGAACGUGGUUAACCUAGAGCAAAAAAAAGAAAAAAAAAGAAGAACAUGAUUACCCCAGGAACAUGGGUAACUGGAUGUAACUUGAAAUGUACAAUCGAAAUCCUUUUUCACGCUUGCAACCGGGUGCAGGUGAACACUGGUCGACAAUCCUGUAGAUGUCGUUCACGUCGAUUUUCGGGAGACCUUGUAGACAACGGGUGAAAUAUGCCAUCUUCAAAAUCUGCCGUGUCGCUGCUAUAGAAGUCGCAAACCGGAAAUGGUCGGCCUCACACUCAAGGCGGCGGAAGUAGAACUCCUUCGUUAUGUGCACGGAGCCUAUUAAAUCUGUUCAGUCACAAUUGUGUUUAAAGACAGUUUAUUGUUUUGAAAGCCUUUGUUUUUAAUGAUUAUGACCCUAAAAUAUUUUUUGGUUGAAAAUGUGUGUGUCCUUCUGACCGGGCCCUUCUCAUCUUCUGUACA